CCCUACUCAAUCUUCUCCCAUAAUGAAAAGAGAAUCAUCAUCCUCUGCGCCGGUUUUUCCCAAUUCUUCUCUCCAAUCUCUGGUCAAAUAUACUUCCCAUCACUCGACGCCAUCGCAAAAGACCUGCAUGUGUCCACAUCCCUGGUCAACUUGACCAUCACGGUAUACCUAAUCAUGCAAGGUUUCGCACCCGCAUUCGUCGGCGGGUUUUCCGACAGUACCGGACGAAGACCAGCCUACUUCAUAUGUGCCAUCAUCUAUGCCGCCGCAAACAUCGGCCUGGGUCUCCAAAACAAUUACGCCGCACUGAUGGUCCUGCGCGGUCUUCAAAGCGCCGGGGGAAGUGGUAGCGUGGCACUCGCGAAUGCAGUCGUCUCCGACCUCGUUACAUCCCAGGAGCGUGGUGUCUACGUCUCCUACAUGUCCGUCGCUCCACAAGCUGGACCUUCCCUUGGUCCUAUCAUCGGUGGCCUGCUUGGACAGUACCUCGGGUGGCAUUCCGUGUUCUGGUUCUUGCUCAUCUGCACCGGUGUGGUGUUCGUCCCUUGCGCUAUUUUCUUCGCCGAGACGUGCAGGAUUGUUGUCGAUGAUGGAUCGGUCCCGCCACCUAAGUGGAGACGUUGCUAUCUCAACACGAAGCUCGAGAGGAGACUCAUGGCGGAAGGGCAACCCAUUCUGUACGAGAAGCGAGAUGAGCUUGAGAAGAAGAGGAAACUCAGGUUCCCGACCCCCUUGGAGACAGUCAGAAUCGUGCUUACAAAAGAGGCUGGCUUCGUGUUGGCAUACAUCGGUCUUCUAUGUUGCGCCUACUACGCCACAGUAGCUCUUAUUCCCUCCCAAUUUGGAACCGUCUAUGAUUUCAACCAGAUCCAGAUCGCGCUAUGCUAUCUGCCUCUAGGCUGCGGAAGCUUGCUUGCGGGUUUCGUCCGUGGCCGGAUUAUCGACGCAAGAUAUAAGGUCCACGCCAAACGUUUGGGGUUUCCACUGACAUACAACCGUCAAGUCGACCUCAGCGACUUUCCCAUCGAAAGGGCUCGCUUGGAAGCCAUCCUCCCAAAUUUGGCUCUCGGCUCGGCAUGUUUCAUUGGUUUCGGGUGGAUGAUACAAUACAAGGUCAAAUUGGCUGGUCCUUUGAUCUUUCUUUUCGUCAUUGGCUUCUGCGUCUCUGCAUCCAUUAACACCGUCUCCGUCUUGCUCGUCGAUAUCUAUCCCGGGAAAGCUGCUACCGCGUCAGCGGCCAAUAACCUUGUCCGUUGCUGGCUAGGGGCUGGAGCGACGAGUGGCGUGGCGCCUUUGAUUGGGAAGAUUGGAAUUGGGUGGACUGCUACCUUCUUUGGUCUUCUGGUUGUUGUCUUCAGUCCAAUCCUCUGGUUUGUUAUGCAUAAUGGUCCGAAAUGGCGUCGUGCUGCCAAGGGGAGGAAGGAGCAGAAGGAGGCC